AUGGAAAAAUCCAAAAAUUUCCGCAUCGACGCGCUGCUGGCUGUCGACCCCCCCAAGGCGGCGGCGGGGCAGAGCGCGCCGCUGGCCCUGGUCACCUCGCUGGGCGGCAGCGGUAGCAGCAGCAGCGGGAGCGGCAGCCCUCCGUCCUCGUCCUCCUCUUCCUCGUCCUCUUCAUCCUCCUCCGAGCACCCCUCCGGCGGCCCCGCCGACUGCCUGCGCACCGACAGCCCCUCUCCGCCGCGGCUCCUGGCCGCGCACUGCGCCCUGGUGCCCAAGCCCGGCUUCCUGCCCGGGGCGGGCACGGGCUCGCACCCGCACCACCCCGCCUCGGCGGCCGGCAUGGCCCUGGGACUGCACCCCGCGGCGCCCGGCGGGCCGGGCAUGCCGGCGCAGGCGGCUCUCUACGGGCACCCGGUGUACGGGUACUCGGCGCUGGGCGGGCAGCACCCGGCGCUCUCGUACCCCUACUCGCAGGUGCAGGGAGCGCACCCCUCCCACCCCGCCGCCGACCCCAUCAAGCUCAGCGCCGGCACCUUCCAGCUGGACCAGUGGCUGCGGGCCUCCACGGCCGGCAUGAUCCUGCCCAAGAUGCCCGACUUCAACUCCCAGGCGCAGUCCAACCUGCUGGGAAAGUGCCGCCGACCCCGCACGGCCUUCACCAGCCAGCAGCUGCUGGAGCUGGAGCACCAGUUCAAGCUCAACAAGUACCUGUCCCGGCCCAAGCGCUUCGAGGUGGCCACGUCGCUGAUGCUGACCGAGACCCAGGUGAAGAUCUGGUUCCAGAACCGGCGCAUGAAGUGGAAGCGCAGCAAGAAGGCGAAGGAGCAGGCGGCGCAGGAGGCCGAGAAGCCGAAGGGGGGCGAGGACAAGGGGGAUGAGGAUCUGCUGCUGCCCGCCCCCGAGAAGAGCGCCGGGAGGAGGGUGCGGGAGCUGCCCGACAGCGAACCUGAGGAUGAGGAAGAGGAGGAGGAGGAAGAGGAGGCGGCGGCGGCCGGGAGAUGCUGCCCGUACCACUCCUCCGACUGUUCCGAGGCGGACGAGGAGGACACGCAGCCCCGGGGCCGGCACGGAGCCCCGGCGCAGCCCCAGUGAGCCCCCGCGGGUCCUGCCCCCCCAGCCGUCCCCCCGCUCCUGGCUGGCACCGGUCCCGCUCCCCCCUUGCUCUGAUUUCUCCCUGCUUGGAGAGAGGGAUGGAGAAGAGGAGCCUCCGCAUGCCGGGCGGGGAAGAGGAUUUAUCGUGAAUACAGUGUUAUUAUUGACUGAAAACCAGACAAAACUUGAGCUCCCCCACCCCCCAUCCCUGCCCCCUGGAAGCGCCUUCCUUUCGCUGAGUAUUGGAAAUGUUUUGUUCUUAACUAUAUAUCGGGAAAUCUGUUUAUGUCAUGAACGUUAAAACUGCUGGAAAUCUCAAUACUGUCUUUAUUUUUGUAUAUCGUAUUUAUAAAAAAAAAAAAAUUUACCUCUACUUAUGCAUGCUAAAUUAUUCCCCAGGUCCUCCCGCCCUUGCGAUGGGGGGGGAAAUAAACGAGGUUUUUUACUGGA